CUCGCGUUCACGUGACCCUCCCGGCUGCUUGGCGGAUCCUUCCUUCCUUCCCACCAGAUGGGAAAAUGGCAGGACUGAGCCCCGGGGAUCGCUGGGCCGAAGCAUUAAUUGAUGAGCUCAGAAGAAAUCCAUGUCCAUUGGAGGAAGUAAGAAACAAUUUUGAUUGCUGUGGCUGUAGUGACUGUAUGAGAAUGAAAAAGGAGCGUAUGUGUGACAGUGGAAGAAGCCAGUCAACAUCUGGAGAAGGCAGCAUGACCUACACCAAGGAACAGUUACUUGGAGUUCAAAGAAUAAAGGAGAGUAAGAAUUACUAUGAAAUUCUAGGCGUAGGAAGAAAUGCGAAAGAUGAAGAACUAAAGAAAGCUUACCGAAAACUUGCCCUUAAAUUUCAUCCUGAUAAGAAUUGUGCUCCAGGAGCAACAGAUGCAUUCAAAGCAAUAGGCACAGCUUUUGCAGUUUUGAGCAACCCUGAAAAGAGAUUACAGUAUGAUCAGUUUGGAGAAAAGGAAGAUACUUUUUAUACCAAUGUGCCCAACCACUAUAACUAUUACAGAGAAUUUGAAGCAGAUAUAACGCCAGAAGAAAUAUUUAAUAUGUUUUUUGGAGGGAAUUUCCCAACAGGAAAUAUACAUAUGUUUUCCAAUUCUUCAAUGGACCCCCCGUGUUAUCCACAGCGCAACAGACAUGAGAGGACAUGGGCCCAGGAUGAACAGGAGGAAGAAAUCAGACCACAGAAUUCCUACUCAGCAUUUAUCCAGUUACUGCCAGUCUUUAUUAUAAUAGCUGUUUCAAUAGUAACUCAGCUGAUGGCUACUAAUCCACCCUACAGCCUCUUCUUUAAAUC